GUCUUGCGAUGGCGAGAUGGAGUCGUAGUUGACUGGGAGCCCAGAGGUCUCGAGAGCUGUGACUUUCUUGCACAGAGUCAUCCAAUGGUGAGCGAGGAGCAGACAAUGUCAUGCGGAGCUGCGCAUAUUAGGCACACUAGAUACUUCAGACCAGAAACGAGAAAGUGCAAAGGUGCGAAAUUUAAAUUAAAGGAGGAAUAUCGUGAAGUGAUCGGUCUGCAGUGGCUCGAUGUCAACAGAGGACGUCCUGAAUGCCCACCUGAUAAAGUCGAAUCCUUUUUCAAUAUCACAUAAAGUGCUUGACCUCGUCUGACCAUCCAUCUAUUCUUCGGCUCCUGGAUUUCCGGAGCCCCCGGGACUAUGCACAACAUUGUUUACAGCUGCGGGGAUGUUGCUUCUCCGGUCGCACCAUUCCGCUGAUAUCGCCCUGUAUCUGGAAACUGGCUGCACUUGAAGAUUUACUUCUGAAUGCAUGAGUUUACGUAAGAGGGCAGAUCGGAUGGUUCCUCCACAAGAAGUCAUCCGACAAACGAACUGUGUGUAGAUGUACGGACAUCUGUGUGUCUGUACGAGACUGCAUAAUAAUCAACAAUUACCAUUUGCGACCAUACGCGUGGAGAGAUCUGAUUUCGAGGGUUUUCUAGAAAAAGAGUUGAAGAAAAGCGUUACAUGACAUUCUCGAUCAGCUCGCAUAGGCAACUGAGGCAAUAAGAGAAUGGCUGGAAGCUAAUAAGAGAGUCUCAAGGAGGCAAUGGAGAUCAGAUCGAAUGUUUCAUAAAAAUUAGCGAUAUGAACAAAGCAGCAGAUUAUCAUGAUCACAGGUCUGCAAUGGAGUUAUCUCCUUUCUGUAGGAGUAACUGAUAAUACUCGUACCUUACUCGAUGGAUAUGGCAAGAUAUAACAUCACAGCUGGUCUUUUGCUGCUGUUCGCGAUAGCAGCAUCAACAGUCUCCCUCACCUUCUGUUCUGUAGAAGAAGGACUUGCUCUUGUGAAACUAAUGACUGAUUGGGAGAUGGAAUUCACGAGUUGGAUUCCUAAUACUGAUCCCUGUGACGGCUGGGAGAACCUUAUUUGCACGGGAGGACAUGUCACAACCUUAAACUUGACGAAGGCUGGAAUUUCCGGAGUAUUAUCAGAAGAAAUAGGAGUGCUAAGCGGACUGGAGAACCUUGACCUUAGUGGAAAUGAUCUGCGCGGUCCUCUACCGGACAGUCUGAAGAAUUGUCUAAACAUGCGUCGAUUAUAUCUACAAGAUUGUAACUGGGACAUUCCUUUCCCAGAAGUGAUUUUAAGUCUUCAAACGCUGGAGCACCUGGAUAUAUCGGGUGCCAAAUUGUCAGGAAGUAUCCCGCCGGAGUUUUACAGCAUGCAGAGUCUGAAAUACGUAUACCUGGGAAACAAUAAAGAGCUUACGGGAAAUCUGGAGAAAUUUAGCCUCCUUUCUAAUCUAGUAAAUCUUUCAAUAUGGUAUUUGCAAUUUGAGGAGUAUGUACUUCCCGAUAAGCUUUCGAGUCUCAGCAAAUUGCAGUACUUGAACUGUCAUGACUGUAACCUCCAUGGAGGUCUUCCAGAAAGCUAUGGUGAACUAUCAGAACUAAUCGAAUUCAAUGUGCGCCGGAAUGCUUUAACUGGAGGGAUUCCUGAUUCGUAUAAGAAGCUCACAAACCUGAAAACCUUUCGCGCGGAUUACAAUUUUCUUCUGGGGUCGUUCCCCAACUGGAUGUUCACAAUGUGGCCUAACCUGAGGAACUUGUACCUCAGCGCCAAUCAGUUUUAUGGGGUGCCAUACAAUAUCUCUUACCUCGAAAGGCAGUUCAAUCUCACAACCAGGAUAAACAUAAUGCGUUGGGAUUGCAACUACUUGACAGGAAACGAAGCAUGUGGAAGUGAUCACAAGAAUGAUUGUAGUGACACGACCAUCGCAUUGAUUGCAAGUGGCAAUUACGUCUUUGACAUGAACUGUUACGAGGGCAUUUCUGACCAGGAUAUUUUAGCGGAAACGGCCUACUGUGGUAGCCAUACGCUUACUUGUGACGUGUUCGAAACCGACAUUGUCCGAGCAAAUAAUUGUCCCGCAUGCCCUCCUUCACAAAAGUUACAAAUUGGGGCAUCAAUCGACAGUGGAUGUCUCUGUUAUGGCACAGCGUCAGAUGGAUCUGGGCAUACUGUGAACCCAGUUGUAGGCGUGAUGGGAGGACUCUCUUCGUUAUUUCUUAUCAUUCUUGGGUUCGUUGUGUGGAAGCGAAGAAAGAAUUUCUCAUUUUUCGAUGUCUUCAGCAACAAGGAGACGGAAUUAAGUGCAAUAUGGGAGAUGCCUGCCGGCGUUCACAGGUUUACAGUCGAGGAACUCGCUCGAAUAACUUCAGACUUCGAUGAGAGUCACAUAAUCGGGGCCGGAGGAUUUGGAAAGGUUUUCUGGGGCCUUUUGGAUGAUGGGCGCAUGGUGGCAAUAAAGCGUGCCUCUGCUGGCAGCUUGCAAGGCGUCAAAGAGUUCCGAAACGAAGUUAUUCUGCUCAGCAGACUCCAUCAUCGUCAUCUUGUACGACUGGAGGGAUUUUGCGAAGAGAAAAACUUUCAGGUACUUGUCUACGAGUUUAUGAAGAGAGGAAAUCUGGGAAGUCAUCUUUACGGAGGCAAUACCAAUUUGGACUGGUACAAGCGCCUGGACAUAGCGUACGAAGUCGCACAGGGCUUGGAAUAUAUUCAUUCAUUUGCAGAUCCUCCCGUCAUACAUCGUGACGUGAAGCCUUCAAACAUUCUCCUGGACGAAAAUAUGGUGGCGAAGUUAGCUGAUUUUGGAAUUUCCAAGGAAUCCACUGAGCUUGAGACACAUAUUUCCACAUUUCCUGCUGGUACUGCUGGGUAUCUGGAUCCUGAGUACUAUUUGACACGACAACUCACACCAGCGAGUGAUGUUUACGCAUAUGGAGUCGUGUUGCUAGAGCUUGUCACGGGGCAAGUGGCGAUCGAUCGCAAAAGAGAUGCUGACAACAACUUGAUCGAAUGGGCCAAAAAGAGGUUCAAACUUGCAGGUGUCACAUCGAUCAUAGAUCCCAGUAUUGCAGAUGAUUUUUCUAAAGACGCGUGUACAAAAGUGACCGAGUUGGCAUUCAGGUGUGCUCAAUUUAGGAAGAGCGAGAGGCCAACCAUGAAGGAAGUUUUAGCUGCUUUGGAUCCCCUGAUUUUACCCAAGUCUUCAAAGUCGUCCCCACACGGCUCAGAUAGCUUCUCCAAGGACACAGAAUGGCUCGUUGCGAAAGGCAAAUCAAAGCGCCAGAAGUCUCCUGGCGACAGCAAGAACAUCUCGAGCAUAAGUUCGCCGAGCUCCGAUCUGGAACGCUCGUUCAACGUCAUGGACAUGUCACAAGAGUUCGCACCAAGGUGAUAGACAUCAACUAUCGUGCCUUCAGA